AUGGCGUCCUCCAUGGUGGAGCAUGGAGAGGAUGCUUUUAGGAAGUUGUUUAAAUUUUAUAAGAGGAGAAAUCCUCCUCCAGACUUCAAUGAGGUUAUUAAUUUCGCUAAACCUCUUAAUAAUGACAAGGUUUUUCGUUGUGAGCUUAACUCCAGCCCUUUAAAUGAGGAGGAAGUUUCCAAAGCAGGUCUUCAACCAGUGAAAGACUGGAGAGCCUUUGCUCUGCGUGGAUAUCCAGGGUUCAUUUUUAUAUCCAACCCAUUCCUGCCAGGGUCUCAGCAAUACUGGGCAAAGCAAUGCCUAAAAAACUAUCCACAGAAACCAAAUGUGUGCAACCUGGAUAUGCAUAUGUCACCUGCAGAGACAGAUAACAUCUGGGAGCAAAGCAUAGAAGGCAUUCAGAGAAAAGGCUCUGGGAAAAGAGAGCCCAAGACUCUUCUAGAAAAGCUGCGCUGGGUGACUCUCGGUUAUCACUAUGAUUGGAACUCCAAGACGUACUCUCCAGAUCACUUCACUCCCUUCCCCACUGAACUUCACUCCCUGUCUCACAAAGUAACAGCAGCAUGUGGCUUUCCCGGCUUUAAUGCAGAGGCGGGCAUUCUCAACUACUACCGUUCAGAUUCGUCUCUCGGAAUCCAUGUUGACGAAUCGGAGCUCGACCACACCCGACCUCUGCUUUCUUUCAGUUUUGGGCAGACUGCAGUUUUCCUGCUGGGCGGGGCUAAGAGGGAGGACCACCCCACAGCCAUGUUCAUGCACAGUGGCGACAUAAUGGUGAUGUCAGGACCCAGCCGUCUGCUCUAUCACGCAGUGCCCUGCAUUGUUCCUGCCCCUGCUGGAAACCCGCUGCCAUCCUGCCUGAGCGAGACACUAAAGAGUGAACCGCAGAACGAUGACAUCAUUCAGAACGUGAAUGAGGGGGAUUGGAAGGUUUGCUCCUGGUAUUUGGAGACGUCUCGAGUGAAUGUGACGGUUAGACAAGUACUGGGAUCCGGUCAGACCUUCCCAAAUACAGAGACACUGAGGGGGGCGGCACACACAUCUACGGACAGCUGUCAAAAAUCAGAUGAAGAGGGUGAAACUGGAACUCAUAAGAAAAGAAAAACAGAAUCAGGCUAUGAGCGAGAUUCAUAAUUUCUGUUUUGUGCCUUGAGGACAAUUGUACAUUAUUUUAUUUGUUUUAUUUAUGCAAAAUACACCUGAUAUUAAACAUAA